UUUAAUAAUUUUGCCGCAAAUAUUUGGUUGUUUCGGUGCGAUCGAGAAACGUAGGCACUAAUUAGCGGAGGAAAUAGCGAGAGAAGCAUCUGAACAGUAUUCUCAUCCGGGUUAUCGUAGUAUACUGUGACACCAAACGUUCGUUUCUAUGGUGAAACGAUGAACGUUCUGGAGCAAUUUAAGGCAACCGCCUUGACGCAUCCGAAGUUGCCGGCACAAUUUAUAGAGCUGAAUCCGGUCGAAAAUGGACAAGGGCAACAAGCGGAUCAUCUGCAAAGCGAGUCCCGGCAGCCGUUCGGAUCGAGCGAUGUCCACAAGACUAGCAUCCUGCACUACCGUGUGCUGGCCGAAGGAGAUGAUGUGAAGACGGUUUACGAAGUCACGAUUAAAUUACCACCGAGCCUUGAGGAGGAUUACUUUCCGGGAGAUACGAUCGGUAUACUGACCUACAACCUACCAAGUGAGGUGGAUUACUUACUUGAUCGCUUACAUCUACUUCCGAUUGCCGAUACACCGCACGAGAUGAAGUUAGUGAAGCCGAUCAAGAAAAAGAAUGCCGAGCUACCGCACUACGUGCCGAAGUUAUUCACACCUCGGCGUCUGUUGUCCGAGUGUCUCGAUAUACGGAUUACACCGCGCAAGGUUCUCCUUCAGGCACUGUCCAGCUACACGACGGACGAGUGCGAGAAACGUUUGCUGGAGAUUCUUUCGUCGAAGGAGGGUUCCAAUCUCUACAAUGAACUCAUCAUGAAGAAUGAGAUGAAUCUGCUGCAUGUGCUACGGUACGUGGCCAGCUGUAGGCCCCCGUUAGCCGUACUAGUGGAACACUUGCCUCGCCUGCAGGCUCGGCCCUAUUCCAUCGCGAGCCAUGGACGGGAGAACCAGUUCCGGAUCGUGUUCGCGAUGCUGAACGAUGGGCGCGUUGGACUGGCGACGCAUAUGCUCGAGAGCAAGCUGCUACACCCGAAUCGCUGCGACAAGCAUCUGUAUAUGUAUUUGCGUCAGCUGAAGCCCGUCUUCCAGUACCGGGAGGAGGAUCUGGAGCGUAACAUCAUUAUGAUCGGUCCUGGGACGGGGAUGUCCCCGUACCUGGGCUUUCUCGAGUAUCGCAAGCGAGCGAAGGUCGCAGCGUUGUCCAGCAACCGGAAGCUGAAACUCGGAACGGCAUGGUUGCUAACGAGCUGCCGGUAUCGCGACCGUAAUUCGCUGUACGACGAAGAGCUGAAGCAGUACCUGCAGAGUGGCCUGUUGGAUCGGCUACACAUUGCCUCGUCUCGCGAUGUGGAGAGUCGGUACAAGUUCGUGCAGGAGAUCAUCGAAGAUCGAAAGGAGGACCUGAUCGAGCUCCUGAUGGAGGAUUCGACGAAGCUGUACCUUUGCGGCGAAGGUCGCACCAUGCUGCCCCGCAUCCAGGACACGAUCGUGACGUGUAUGAGCAAGGUCAAGAGCAUACCAAAGGCAGAGGCCGAAUCCUUGCUGGCGGAGUAUCGGAAAACCGGCAAGUAUCUCUACUACUCCAUGAUACGGUAUUGAGACAGUGCGAAGCCAGAGGCGCGUGGAAGGAUUUGCAUAUACAUAUAUAUAUAUUUAUAGAAUGAUUCCGAUGUUGCGUUACGUCGAAUAAACGUCCUAGAAAGUAGUUUAUUUUUUA